CCUCCACGCACGCAAGUCAGCCCAGGGCACGUCGCCGCCACGCGCGCUCGCACGCAUGGUGCGUGGUGACGUCGCGGCGGCGCGGGCGCCAUCCCGGAAGCGCGAGCAAGGCCGCCAGAUGUGCAGGCAGCGGAGGAGGAGGAAGAGAUGGACCCCCCGGACUCGGCCUCGAGGGUCUUCUGUAGCCGCAUCCUGAGCAUGGUGAAUGCGGACGAUGUCAACGCCAUCAUCCUGGCCCAGAAGAACAUGCUGGACCGCUUUGAGAAGACGAACGAGAUGCUGCUCAACUUCAACAACCUGUCAAGUGCCCGCCUGCAGCAGAUGAGCGAGCGCUUUCUGCACCACACAAGGACCCUGGUGGAGAUGAAACGGGACCUGGACAGCAUCUUCCGCAGGAUCAGGACACUGAAAGGGAAGCUGGCCAGGCAGCACCCGGAGGCCUUCAGCCACAUCCCGGAGGCGUCCCUCCUGGAAGACGAGGAUGAAGACCCCAUCCCGCCCAGCACCACAACAACCAUUGCCACCUCGGAACAGAGCACAGGCUCAUGCGACACCAGCCCUGACACAGUCUCGCCCUCCCUCAGCCCCGGCUUCGAGGACCUGUCGCACAUCCGGCCCGGCUCCCCUGCCGUCAAUGGCCGCAGCCAUACAGAUGACGAGGAGACGCCGGGCGAGUAGCCCUACUCCCAGGAGCUCCGAGGGGUCUCAGGGCAGCAGCGGUGCCACUGCCCAGAUGUCUGAGGUGGCAGUGGGUAACCCUGCCUUGAGACAGUCAGCUUUGCCACCCUACUCUUGUCAUUUGGGGCUCACUGGGGGACAAGGCUCCCUCCCUGGGAUAUGGAAUUCCUGGGGAUCUAUCAUUCCCCCUCCUUCCUCACUGAGAACAUCUCUCUUCUGUAGACCCCUCUGCCAGGCCAGGGGAUGACCAGUCCAGCUGGAGUUGGGUUGGGCGCAAGGGAGCUUUUCCAGAGCCAGGCCUGAGGUCUGCUCUGAGCAACACCUAAAGGUUCCCAGAGACCGGAGCCAGAUGUCCUCUGCCCCAGCACCCUGGUCAGGACCUCCUCAAGGUGGCCAAGCACUGUCAUGUCUGAGUUCACCCCAGCCCACCCCUGUGCCUACUAAUUCUGGUCUCCUUGCCCCUUCCUCCAAUGACAGUAUUGAAUACUUUCUCCAAUCAUUAUCUCAAGGAGGUUUCUGAGACAGUUGUAGAAGCCUCAAGGCAGAGAUUAGCCAUCCACUCAGCACCGAGCCUGGUUAGGCCCUGUUUCUCGGACCAGAGGUGUGGACCCUGAGGGCCCAGCAGGCUUCUCCUGGGGCCUCCAUGGAGCAAGCUGCGCCACCUUGGAGAACAGAGUUAAGCAGAAUAUUUUUGUACCCGAUGUUUACAGAUGCUGUUGGGAAGUUAUCAAUAAAAAGACUCUGUUACUAAAAAGGGAAGGGUGCACCUAGCAGUGGCUUCCUUCCAUCCUUGGGCCCAGCAGUCCAGAAUGGGGGCAAGUGCUGGAUGUGGGACAGGAUGGUUACGGACAGCCAGGCACCAUUGAGCUGGAAAGAAGUGGGCUGCUCUGCUUUGAGUGGGAGUCUCCAGUGGUGGCAACCAUAAUAACCCCACUUCUGUCACCACCCAGGCCUUCAAAUGUGCUAUUCCCACUGCCCACAACAUUAUUCCUUUACCUCCUUGAGUAACUCCUCUUCCAAAUCUCAGCCCUAAGGUGGGCUCCUCAAGGAGCUAGGGUCGCAUUCCCCAUCAGACACUCUCACAGAGUCCCCUCAUCUUUGGAGCACUUAGAAAUUAUGUUAUUAAAGGCCUCUUCCCAGACUU